CUCACAAGCCCGGAGCAAAGCUGCCGAGCUUGCAGCAGAGCCGCGCUCCCGCUCGGACCGCCCGGUGCCUGGCGCGGCUCGCUUCCUGCGAGCGGCAGCAGCCGCCCCGGCCCGGCCCGCCCCGCGCCGCGCACCCGGCGAGCUCGGCAGCUGCGCCCCGCUCGGCCUGCGCCCGCCUCGCUGCUGCGCUCCGCCAUGCAGACCUUUCUGAAGUGGCUGCUGGGCAUCCUGGGCGUCGCCGUCGUCGCCACGGUCAUCGCCGUGCCCCUGGCUCUGCUCACCGGCACAAGUCCACCUGAGCCUGAUUCACGAAGCACCUACACUCUGCAGAAUUACUUGAACAAUGACUAUAACUACGUAACAUACAAUCUGCAGUGGAUUUCAGGAAAUCAGUAUCUUCACAAAACAGCUGAUGGGGACAUCCUACGUGUCGAUGCUAACAGUGGAAUGUCCUCUGUAGUCAUUGCAAAGACUAUAUUAGAUGAGUACAAAGCAACCACAGCUAUAUUGUCUCCUGACCAAAGAUUCGCGCUUCUGCAGUACAACUAUGUAAAGUUGUGGAGGCAUUCCUAUACAGCUUCAUAUUACAUCUAUGAUUUCAAUAGCAGCUCUGUUUUAGAUGCCAAACUACUGCAUAACGAUACACAAUAUAUAUCCUGGUCACCUGUUGGUCACAAACUGGCAUAUGUUUGGAAUAAUAAUGUUUAUAUAAAAGAUUCACCAACAGCAGAACCUGUGCAGAUCACUAGAAGUGGAGAAGAGAAUAAGAUUUUCAAUGGAAUACCAGAUUGGGUUUAUGAAGAGGAAAUGUUUGGCAGCCAUUCUGCUCUGUGGUGGUCUCCAAAUGGCAGUUUUGUGGCAUACGCAGUCUUCAACGAUACAGAAGUUCCUCUUAUAGAGUAUUCCUUUUAUUCUGAGGACACCUUGCAGUAUCCAAAGAUCAUUAGAAUCCCAUAUCCCAAGGCAGGAGCUACAAAUCCAACUGUGCAGCUGUUUAUUGUGGAUACUAGGCUGCCUCGGAAUUUCACUUCUGUGGAGAUACUUCCACCUGAAGAAAUAAUAUCAGGAGAUCAUUACUUGAGUGUUGUAACAUGGGUGACAGAUGAAAGGAUCUGCCUGCAGUGGCUCAGGAGAAUUCAGAACUUUUCAGUCCUCACGGUUUGUGACUUUGAAAAUGCUACUGGAAGCUGGUCGUGUCCACAGGAGAAGCAGUUUACAGAGCAAAGUACGACUGGCUGGAUUGGCAGAUUCCAGCCAUCUGUCCCUCUCUUUGCACCUGAUGAUGCUACCUACUACAAAGUAUUCAGCAAUGGGGAAGGUUACAAACACAUCCAUUACAUAAAUGGCUCACAGGUUCCAAUCCCUAUUACUACUGGAAGAUGGGAAGUAAUCAGCAUAGAAGCUGUAACCAAUAGCUUUUUGUACUACAUUAGCAAUGAGAAGGAUGCAAGGCCAGGAGGAAGAAAUCUUUACAAAGUGCUCUUGGAAAGCAGUCCAAGUUCUACUAGAUGUGUUAGCUGUGAUCUGAAUCCAGAAAGAUGCCAAUAUUACUCUGUGUCCUUCAGCAAAGAUGCACAGUAUUAUCAGCUAAACUGUCGUGGUCCUGGCCUGCCCAUGUCUACUCUGCACAGAAGCAGUGAUGAUCAAGUCCUCAGGUACUUGGAGAAUAAUACUGAUCUGGAAAAUGCAUUGCAAGACAUUCAGAUGCCUUCCAAAAAAAUCGACAUCCUUAGUGUAGCUGGAUACAACCUGUGGUAUCAAAUGAUACUGCCUCCCCAUUUUGAUCCAUCAAAGAAGUACCCUCUGCUCCUUGAUGUGUAUGCAGGACCCUGUAGUCAGAAAGUGGAUAGUACCUUCCAGAUCAACUGGGCUACAUACCUUGCUAGCACUGAGCAGGUCAUUGUGGCUAGCUUUGAUGGCAGAGGAAGUGGAUAUCAAGGGGAUGAAAUUAUGCAUGCAAUAAACCGAAGACUGGGAACAUACGAAGUGGAAGAUCAGAUAACAGCAGCCAGGAUGUUUUCUGAAAUGAGCUUUGUUGAUAAGGACAGAAUAGCUAUUUGGGGUUGGUCCUAUGGGGGAUAUGUGACCUCCAUGGUGCUUGGCUCUGGAAGCGGCGUGUUCAAGUGUGGAAUAGCGGUUGCCCCUGUGUCACGUUGGCAGUAUUAUGAUUCAAUAUACACAGAGCGAUACAUGGGCCUGCCGCUACCAAGUGACAAUCUCAGCAGCUACAACAGUUCAUCAGUAAUGGCCAGAGCUGAAAAAUUCAAGGAAGUUGACUAUCUCCUUAUUCAUGGAACAGCAGAUGAUAAUGUUCACUUUCAGCAAGCUGCACAGAUUUCCAAAGCUCUUGUUAACGCUGAAGUGGAUUUUCAAGCAAUGUGGUACACUGACAAAGACCAUGCCAUCAGCGGUCAAGCACAUAAGCAUAUUUAUACCCACAUGAGCCAUUUCAUAAAGCAGUGUUUCUCACUGCCGUAGCAUCAGCACUUUGGUUGUAAGUCAUGGCACCUCUCCAGAAUGUUCUAGUUAAUAUACACUUAAGCCACUAUAAACCUUUAUGACUGGAGAGAAGAUAAGGGUCAGGUGUUGGGAUACCUGUGUACACAAUGAAAUGCUAAUCUUCAUAAUGGUUUCUGCUGCCGAGCAACUAUUGCAUUUUUAUUGAUUGGGUUUAAAUUGGGUCUUAACAUCAUCAAAACGGAGGUGUUGCAUGGUACCUGCUUAAACUUCAAACAGAUCUUGCAGAAAUUGCCUAAUGCCUCAUCAGUUUCUACUUGAACAUCAAUAUCAGGGGUACUGCAACGUUAGUAUUCUAUGUGCAGAAGGAAAACACUUUUAUUUCCUGCAGUUCCUUGAUUUAGUCUUUUCAAUCUCUUGGAUUACAGUUCUAGAAGCUUUGCAGUUCCUUGAUUUAGUCUUUUCAAUCUCUUGGAUUACAGUUCUAGAAGCUUUGCAGUUCCUUGAUUUAGUCUUUUCAAUCCCUUGGAUUACAGUUCUAGAAGCCUUGCAAGGAAAGCAUGGAACCAGCUUUCACCAGGGAUGAUGAGUGAUUCUUAUUCAAACUAAUAGCACUGAUUUCUUUAUUUCCUAUCAUACUACUGUGAUUUUUUUUGGCUUACUUUGUUAUAAAGGCUGCUGCUGUGGGAAUCUGCACUGGUAAAAAGUCUUCUCUAGCAGCUAUGGGACAGGAAAUCUUUUUUUUCCCAGAAGUUUUGUAUUUGCUGAUGACUGGGAUGGAUAUUCCUUGCACUCAAACAGAAAGCAUUACAAUGCAAAGCAGCAGGGUUUGCUAUUUAGCAAACUUGCUUUUUCUUGCAGCCUCCCAGUAAACUGCUGUAUCUGCAGCACUGCAGGUAGGCUCCUCUAUCUUAGUGUUCUUAAUUUCACAUAGAGAGUGAUUGGCAUUGGAAUGGGCUGCCCAGGGAGGUGGUGGAGUUGCCAUUCCUGGAGGUGUACCAAAAAAAGCCUGCAUGAGGCACUCAGUGCCUAGUUGAUUGGCUAGGGCUGGGUGAUAGGUUGGUCUGGAUGAGCUUGGAGAACUCUUCCAACCUGGUUGAUUCAAUGAUUCAAUGAUGCAACCCACUUGUCCUACAGCCUGCUUUAACAUAAUAAAGACUUUAAGUUAUGCAA